AAAUGUCAGAACACGUAAAACGUCCUACGGCGACGGAAACCGACGAUGAUCUGCUCAAAAUGCAGGAAGAAUGGGAGGCGGCGAACAAAAAACCGAGUGUCGAGAUUCAUAAGAUGAAAAAUCGGCAGAAAGUCGAGGAAGUUGCUUCAUUGCCGUCGAAAGUCGUCCGCGAUCAGGCCGCCCGUUUUCAAAUCGAUUUUGAUGAGGAGCAGGCCGCUUCCGGCGUGCUUUUCCCAGUUAAAGAGCGAAAUUUCGCGGAAAGAUCGGAGAUUUUGGCGGAAAAUCUUCAGAAAUUCCAAUUAUACUCGAAAGAUGACGGAUUCCCCGAGCCGCUGGAUCUUUCUGCGUAUUUUUCGGCGGAAAAUCCAAAAACUCUGACGAAUUUAGGCGGAAAGAGCUUUUUCGCCGCGGAAUUCGACCGGAUCAAUGGAAAUUUGGCGGAAAAUCUGGAUUUUAAGCAGGAAACCACUGAAAAUCCAUCGGGAAGUGACGAUUUUCAAGCUGAAAACGAGAAAUAUUUGAAAUCUCUGGAUUUUGAGAAAAUUCAAGAAAUGAAGCUGGAAAUUACCGAGAGAUUCGAUCCGAAAUUGCUGGAAUUUUUGAAAAAUCGAGGAAAUAAAGCCUCGGAGGAAACUCAAAAAAAGCCCAAAAAAAUCAGCAAAUUCAAGGCUUCUCGGCAGCAAAAAGAGCCGGAAAAUGAGCAAAAAGGUGCUCCGGAGCCACCGGCUCAAGCUCCGCCUACAAAAGUUGUGGAGGAAAUGAUGAAUGAGUUGGAAGUUUUGGAAGAAUAUGGAAAUCGAGAGGAUCAGGAGAAAUAUAAUCGACUGGCGACGGACGCUGUUCAACUGGAUCUAACCGCGAAAUUCGGCCGAAAUUUGGUCUCUCGACAGCAAAAAAACGCCGUAAAACUCUUCGAUAACUGCAAAUUACGACCGGAAACCUCUGCGGGAAGCACACCCGACCCAAUUCUGGAACUGGCACGCUCAUCAAUCGAUCAAAUUAAGACACUUUAUUUGGAGGAAAUUGCUACAGAUUCCUCCUCAAAAUCGAUAAUCUACGAGUUCGGCAAGGGUCUUAACCCAAUUUUAGACAAUUGCUGGACACUUAUCCCAGUUCGCCGUGUCCUUGACGCAGUCGAACGCCGCCACGGUACAGUAACCCCAGAUGACGUGGAAAUCGUCCGUCUCUCGCUUCUCUGGACUCUCUUGCUGUUUUCUGAACGAAAAUCCGCGUUUUUCGCGUUCGCCGAACCCAACGAAUUCUACGUUCACAUCGCGGAAGUUUUUCUGAUUGGAGCAGAAAUUCUGGCGGAUGACGUCAUCGCAGAGUGUGCUCAUCGCAUUUUAAACGGAUAUAUUUUGGCUGCGGCAAAAGACGCGAAAAUUGGACUCCGAAUGAGCGGAAAAGUCGCCGGAUUGGACGCUUUUAUGCCAUUUUACGAGAAUUUGCUGAAAAAUUAUGAGCAAUAUUCGAUGGGAGAUGAACAUUUUGCAAUGACCAUUUUGAUUGCCGCUUAUUUGAAUUCUCCGGUUGGAGAUAGCAUCGAAUACCGUUUCGCCUUGUGGUCACCAAAACGUAACACAAUCCGCCAAAUGACGCUUUCCACGUCAUCCCAGUCGUGUCGAGACCUUCUCGGAGCAAUUAAAACGCAGAUUUUAGAACGAGAAACUGUGAUUUAUGAGCAACAUUAUGUACAGUAUUGCUCAUUGCUCGGAGCAUAUGUUACUGCGAUUAGGGAUGAUUUGAUCACCCGUGAGCGUAAUCAAAUGAUGUUCGAAAUUGCCGCUUUCGAAAUCGGAAAAUUCCUGGAAAAACAGAAAAAUGACACUGGAAAACAGAAGGAAUUCCAGAUUUUGGUGGAAAUUAUUCGGAAAUCUAUUGGAGAAAAACUUAAUUUUUAAGCAUUUUUUGUCGUUGAAUUUUGAUUUUUGUACUGUUUGAUCUGUUGACUUGAAUUUGAUCUUUUUUUUGAAAUGAAUACUUUUUUGUUG